GGUUACUCUCAUGUCAAUCCCCAUCUUGGACAGUCCCAGUGGACGAUACCUCCCUUUGCAGACCAUGUCACAUCAUCAACGAAAUAUGAUUUCCACACUGAGUUUGAUGCUCAGAUUAAGCUACUUUGUCCCUCCCCAACUGAUAUUUUAGACGCUCAUGAUGCAUUGCUAACAUCCAAGGUUGGUGGUACCGAACCUGACUUCGACGUUGGUGAUUUUGUGUACCUUGCCACCACUCAUCGUCGAUACGAAUAUCUC